AUGGCAGGCUUCUCCAAUGUGCGAACGCCGUCGCAAGAGCAGCCGAAGCAGAUGUCUUCACGACUGCUGAACAUGAAGUUCAUGCAAAGAGCCGCUGCCGCAACCUCCAGCGCAACAUCUACCCCGGCAUCUUCUACUGUCCAAACGCCGGCGACUGAGCCGCUUGCCAAACGCCGAAGAAUCGACAGUGCUACUUCCUCUCCAGUAACUUCUACCCCUGGAACGCCAUCGAACGCUUUUGCAUACUCUGGACUCUCAACGCCAAUUGCAUCACACAGUGCGGGUUCGGGCAUCGCUCCAAGAGACGGAACAAGUACCUUCACCCGGUUCGAAGGUGCAGAUACGGAAUGGGUGCUGGACCUGAAAAUGAAGUUUCCUGGAGACAACAGAGUGAAACCGCCAGCCGACAACGACGCGAAUGCUAAGAAUCAAGGAUUCAAUGCCUCAAAGGCUCGUUUCGGCGUAUUGAACGGGUGGGCGGAGGAAGAGGAAGAGGAACGCGCUGAGGGAGAAGACAUUUGGAAUAAUGAUCAGCCUAGCGGCCGACAGACCUUCGGGUCGUUUGAUAGGAAGCGGAAACGAAAGGCUCAUACCCGACAGGAUCAAGGUCUGGAUGACAAUGAUGAACAAGAUCUGAGCCCAGCUUCGGACUCGGAUGCAGACGACGACUCAGAGUCAGACAUGUCUGAUUCGUCCAAGAGAUCAAUAUCACGACAACGUAGAUAUCCUACAAAGUCUACAACGGAAAUCGACUCGGACGAAGAAAUGCACCGCGUUCGAAUGGCAAUUGAGCAGAAACACCGGAGUAUGAAGGGUGUCGGGAAUUUGGCGAGGACCGUUUCGGGUUACGGUUCUGCCAACGCCUUUCCCUCGGGGUCCGGUCUUGCCCCCAACGGCGAGAAAGGAGGGAAAAAGCGGAAGAGAAAACAGGGGAGUAGUAGUCAUCAAUCGACGAACAGGGCGAGCAGGAACAAGAAGGCACGGAAGACAAUGUGA